AUGGCAGACAGCUCUCACCGCCACAGCACCGCCUCGCUCCAGAAUGCUGAUGCUUGUUCGAGUCAUGAUGGAGCUGGCCCCUCACACGUGAAUGCCACCCUGCAAAGCAACCUGCCGUUCAGGCAGGCAUUCAGGCAGCCUAUCUGCGCGCCGGAACCGAAGAUCCAUGAUAUCACAGAGAGAUUUUUGAAAGCCAGCGACGCCCUAGAAGUCGGACAGCUCGUCAAAGAUGACUACUUUACACUGUUUGAGUCCAUUGGGGCUAUCGAGAUUAUGGAUCCCAAAAUGGACAGCGGGUUUCUCGCGCCAGGGGAGACGCUUGAGGAUGAAUACGAUACCUCGAGCGCUUUACUGCCAGAGGAGAUCAUUGGUAUCAUGGACCAGCUACUCUGUUACGAGAUGGCAUGGCACACGGGGUACCCUCUCUCACAAACUCUCUUCACCUCAGUCUACAUCGACAGGCUGCUGUGGCCAGAGCCUAAGACACUCGAGCAGUCUCAAUUCAUGCCAAACGGCGAAAGCGCACAUGGUCCUUCUAUGCAAGCAUUACUACAAGUGCUGAGAGCAUAUUGUCUAGCGCUCAUCAAAGGCUGCGACUACGUGAUAGCGAAGAUCACAAGUCGAGACUAUUUCGAGGAGGAAGAUUUCUGCACACAGACUUACAACCGAGUGCUUUUUGUCAGUACUCCAAUUGACGUCUUCUUGAGGGAGCUCGACGCAGCAGUAGAAGUCAUGGAAGACACUGACCUCGACCUCAAUGAUGCACUUCGGUCAGCUAUCAUCUCCAGACUGAAACUCAGACAAGAUUAUCUCAGAGCUCUGGACCUAGACCACCCGCUCGAGCAAAUGUCGUCUUCAUGGUCACCAGUGCUUUCAGGUAUGACUACGGUCAAAGCUACACACCAGCUUGGACAGUCUGUACCUGGAGCUUUCAGUACGAAGAUGCAACGCAGACUGGCAUCGACUGUACCUCCUCGACCCAUUGUCGAAUUCGAAUUCAAGGAUGCGUUGGAUCUGCUUCAGCAUCUCUGCGUCGAUUGCGAGGAAGCGACUCGAUUCAUCGAUCUGCCCCAAGAUCCUCUGGAGUACCAGUCGUUCCUCUGGACUUUUGCAUCAAGAUCUCCCGCGCCACUGGCAUACUCGAGAUCUUAUCUGUCGUCCCUGCUCUUCCAUCCAGAAAUCCUGAACUCUGCUGUCUCGUUACCACUGGCGGACGUCAAGACGCUGGUCUUCCCUUCUUCGCCAUUUCUCGAUCCCACCAACUGGACACUAUCCCCGCCUCGAAAUCCUCUACUCCCCAAACCACCACGACUACAAAUGGCCAUGCUCAUCGACGAGUUUGUCGACCGCACAGGCCAGCCGUAUCUUGAUCUCUGGGUAGCGCUGGGCCAGAACCGCUGCCGUCUCCGCCGUAUGCUCACCCACGUGAUCACAGCCUGGGACCUCCUUCAAGCCGACGCCAGCAUCGUUGACACCGAUCUCGCGUCCGCCGCAUCCGAACUUUCGGUCUUCGACCAAGUCCUCGAAUUCUCCCUCUCCACAUGGGUGUACCACAAGAAGCUGUGGAUGAUCGAGAAAGUCAUCCUCCUCGGCUUCGAACAGGAUAUCUACCUCCCCGAUGAGUUCUCAGGCAUGUAUCUCUUCCUAUCGCUCAUCGUCACUCGGCGCCGCGAACUACUCUCACGCAUCCAAACCCACCACCACACACGGCACACAUCGCUCCUACGCGAGCGCAGACUGCGCCUCGCAAAUGACGUCGCAGACGCAGCUCCCUACCUCGACAGCCUCGCCGCCGAAGCAACCGGUACCGCCGCCCUCAGCCUCGCUCUCGCCCGCUUCUACACAAUCGCCGGCUACUGCGGUCUCCUCCCCACCCCCGCCCGACCCUUUAGCUCCGAAAGCCUGCGCUACGAACUGCGCAUGAAACCGUUUCUAGCUGUGCAGCCCUCCGAAGUCCCGCCCUUCGAGGACUUCCACGCGCACACGCAGCCCUACGGCGCGUACGCGGCGCCCGAUCCCGGAUUCGCAAUGGACCUGCGCAACGAGGGCAGCGAGCUGUGGGCUGAAGUCGACGGCAACGUCAGGGCGGCGCGCGAGGCGUUUGUGGAGCUGAAGCGGCUGGGUGCGGGCGCGGCGCGGUGUGCGGGCGUGGAGCGCGUGUGGAGCAGCGAAGUGCAGAGUCUGCUUGCGAGUUGCGUUGCGCUUGGAGUCGCGGCGGCGGGGGUCAAGGACGCGGUGCGGAAAGCUGGGAGCGACGGAGACGUGAGAGCGCUGGGUAUCCGGGCGGAGAUUCCGGAGAGCGCGGCGAAGAAGAGGUAUGCCGAGGGGUGGAUUGUAGUCAAGGUUGUGAAGCAGUAA